UAUAAAUCAUCUUAUUCUCUCUCUCUUUCUCUCUCUACAUACAAACAUGCCCUCCGACCCAAGAAAGCAAAAAGAGCCUCUCGAUUUACCUCCUCCAUAUACACCUACUGACAAUAAUGCUUCUUCUUCUUCUUCUCAACUACCCACAUAUUCACAGCAACAUUAUUCUCACGAAGCACCCGUACUAGAAAGUCUGCAGAGAUCAAUGGAUCAGGAAAAAAGACAGCAAGCUCCAGGUCUAGUCGAAAGUGUACUUGGUUUGGCUGGAAAUAUAGUCAAUGGUAUUACUUCAACGACUACUCAAGUGACCCAUGGAUCAGGACAGGCUGCUAUUGCUCAUUCUGGUAAAAUGGCUAUGGACUAUGUGAAUAGUUUUGUCAACGAUUAUUUAGAGAGAAAAGGAGAAAAGCAACGUUUGAAGGAAUCAAGACGAGAAAUAAAACGUGAAUACAGACAAGAACGAAGAGAUCUUAGGCAAGAAAUUAAACAAAAAAGAAGAGAAACAAAAAGAAAAUCAAAGGCAGAUCCUGCUUGUAGCAGCGCUACCAGUAACACUAGUGGACAUUCAGAUCAAGAUAUCAAAAUGGAAAAGACAAAUCAGCCUAUCAACCUUGACAGUUGGGUUGGCAAUUCCUGCUCUCUCAAAACAACUAAUAGUGGCAUUCGUGUUCAUGGGUCCCUGACAGCCUCUGAAUUCAUUUGUUUGGAAGCAGCUCAAGGUACAAUUGUUAUUGAUGGCUCUCUUUCGUCGAGACAGACAAUUCAAGCAAAGACAAAAAAUGGGGCUUUUGUUGUUUAUGGCGAUUCUAUUGUUACCCGAGAUCUAAAAGUAUCACUCACAAAUGCUCCUAUUCAACUUCAUACGUCUAUUGAAGCAGACAGUGUUGACCUUGAGACUAAAAAUGCUCCUGUUAUUGUAGAAAAUGUAUCGAUCGGAUCCAAGCUUUCUGUUAAGAGUACAAAUUCACCAGUACAAGUACAUAUCAGUGAUAUCAGGAGUCAAUUUAGUAAAAUAGAGAUUCAGACGACAAAUGCGCCUAUCAACGUUUAUGUACCAAGCAAUUUUAGUGGUUAUUUUCAUGUGAGUUCAAGUACAGAGGCACAAGUGGUUAGUAGAUCUACAGAACACUUGCAGUUUAUGAAGCACGACACGAAAUUAAAAGAAGGCAAUUAUGGACGGUCGAAAACAGAUAUUGAAAUUCACAUCAAAACAACAAAUGCGUCUGCAAUUCUACAUUUUUAAAUAAACAAAACAAUUGCAUCAUGUUAAAAAGGAGACUCCUUUUUUUU